AUCUUCAACAGCUUGCGAACCAUGAAACUCGUAUAGCAAUGCGCAAAGAUUGGACGGCAGAGAAUUACACACAAACAGAGCUGUUCAUCAUUUGGAACUUCCAGAGUCGAGCAUGAAGAAGUGCUCAAUGCGACAGAACUUUGACGAUCUGGUAAAGAUCUACAGCAGUCGCUCUAAGAUGUGCCAGGUACCUAAGGACUUUGUGAACUUGUGUGAUCUUUUCACAUCACCUAAACGCAACAAGUUUGCGAGCGGUGCCUACUUCGAUGAUGGGUCUAUCUUCGUACGUCCAUCUAAAUACUUCGAAUAUGCAUCACCUCAGGAAAAUAUGAAAGUUGCCACGUAUUUUGUACAGAGCCCUUCCAUUCGAAGAGAACAUCCGCAGAGUCAGCGACUCAUACUCUUAGCAGAAGACAGUCAACAUGAGGUGUUAGUAGACCAUCUCAUUGAGCAAAUUGUAGAAGUCAAAGACAAAGGCGAAAAUAACGACACCUGUCGUCUUCUAACGAGGAAUGUCUGAAAAGAAGAAGGGCCAUCAGCGCUUGACCAGCCUCAUAGCUUUGUAUCUUGACUCAACUGGCACGCGCCCUAUCUUUCUACA